CCGAGACAGAUCUCUAGAGCAAAAUUGCCUCAGCUGGCACACAGGCACUAGUCUCAUAGAGACUCUCGUCGUCAUCACUGGAUGACAGCCUGAUGAGGAGGACAACGGUUGAUCCACGUGCACGAUUAGAGCUUGCUUAGCAAAGCUUCCCAUCCAGGGUCAAUAGCACGCUAAGAGACGUCUGAAGCUUAUCCCCCACGUCCAGUCAACACAUGACGAUGAAGGAGAUCAAGGUUGCCAUUGUCGGCGGCGGGCCUUCGGGACUCGUUACCCUGAAGACGGUGCUGGAGCUCGCCGAUCGCAACCCCGGACAGAUCAUCGUACGAGCAAGCCUUUUCGAGGCGGAAGACCGCAUUGGUGGCACAUUCCUCUACCGAAGCUACGCCAAUGCUCGCCUCGUCUCGUCAAAGCAGCUCACGGCUUUUAGCGACUUUCGACUACCGCUCGAAGCACCAGAUCAUCUGUCCAUGACCGCAUACGUUCAGUAUCUUGAAGAUUACACCGCACAUUUCCGCCUCCAGGAAAGAAGCCACAGAUUUUUGCUCAACACUCGCGUCACAGGUCUGAAGCGACAUGACGGAGGUAAUGGGCACAUCGUCACCUGGACCAGCCCCGGUGGCCAGACACACACCGACGAUUUUACCCAUGUUGCUCUGUGCGCCGGCCUUCACGUCACGCCCAGCUACCCAGAGAUCGCAGGCCUGCCUCGACCGACGCUGCCUACGGACGAUCGACAGAAAGGCGCCGAGGUUACGGAGCAAGCCCACUUGACACCCGAGCAAGCUCGUAUACAGACGCUUCACUCGAGCGCUUACAAGUCGCCAGAGAUCUACAGCGACAAGCGCGUCAUGAUCCUUGGCACCGGCGAGACGGGAAUGGACAUGGCAUACGAAGCUGUCAAGGCGCGAGCCAAGGAGAUUGUCCUCUGCACUCGACACGGCUUCCUUUCAUUCCCAGCCGUCCUCGAGAACUUCACUUUCCUCGGUGUGACCUAUGAUCGACCGACGCCCAUUGAUGGCCUUAUCACCAACCUUUUUGAGACGGCGUAUGUGCAUCCGUGGGUUGGCCAAUCGCACCUCCGCUGGUUCGUCUCCGAUGCCAUCAUCAAGAAGGUCCUCUGGGUGCUCACGGGCACUGAAGCCGGCUGCAACCAAUGGGUGGGCGAGCUGCCUCCGGAGAGGCUGGGGAGGGCCUACACGUUUUUGAACAAAUCAGCAAGAGCCAUGCCAUACAUCAACCGACCUUGGAAGCAGCGGCAUUGGCUCUUGGAGAAGAUAGCGCGAUACAUCGACCCACCCACUGUGUCUGAUGACGAGCCACACGUCGAUCUGGCGCCCUUCCCUAGCCACCUGAGCCGCGAAGGUAAAGUCAUCUUCCGCGCCAACGGCCGAAAGGAGUACGAAAGGAUGAAGACAAGGAAUUUCAGGCCAGACGUCGUCGUCUAUGCUACGGGUUAUCGUCAGGAAUUCCCCUUCAUCGACGAGAGCAAGGGUACCUAUCCGAGCCCUUCGCAGGCCAACUGCCGUGACAUCUUUCGCCACGGCGACCCUUCGGUCGCUUUUAUUGGCUACACAAGACCAGGCGUCGGGGCGAUACCUCCCCAGGCGGAAAUGGCCGCUCAGCUCUGGUCCCUCGUCAUCGCCGACCAAUUGCCAGAGCCCACGUCGAAGCCGUACUACUACCUUCUGGCAAAGGAGGAUGCGCGUAUUCGGUACGGCGUCGACUACAGCAGCUACGUCAGUCAGCUGGCGCGCGACAUGGACUCAGCACCCACGAUGGGCCAGCUCUGGUGGCAGCACGGCUUCCUCGUCCUCUUCACUUAUGCGUUUUCGGCAGCUUUCACCACACACUUCCGACUCGUCGGUCCGUGGGUCGACCAAGGCGCCCCAAAGAUUGUCAAGACGGAAAUUCUCGAGACAAUCACAAGGAGAGGUAUCGGCGGAAAUCUCAUGAUGGGAGUCAUCCCGAUGAUCUUCUACGCCUGGAUCAACCUUUUUGCGUACUUGCUUGAGAAGACGCUCCAUGUCGCUCAGUAUUUCUUUCCAGGGGUAUGCGACCAGCUUGCACAGGUAGCAGGUCUCUCUGGCCAGACGCAGACGAAGACUAUGACGAAGAAGAAGCAUACAUGAAGAAACAAGAAUGAGAAUCAUCAUACCAUGUAUUUGUACAGCAUGUUGUUCCUGAGUGGCCGACGUCCUUCUACAAGGCCGGCAGCAAGGGGUACUGGAG